CAGAGGCCUUGGCCGGCAGGGCACCAUGCGGGGGCCGGCUCGCCUGGGGCUGCCGCUGCUGCUGCUGAGUCUGGGGGCCGCCUCGGCCGCGCUCUGCUCCCCCACCGCCUUCUACAGGGACUGCUGGAUCCGGCGCUUCCCGGGGCUGCUCCUGGACCUGGAGGAGUCGCAGCGGCUGGGCGCCCGCGUCCUGCGGUACUACACGGAGAACACGGGCCAGCAGUGCGGCCGCAGCUGCUGUCUGCACAAGGACGUGUCCUGCAACGUGGCCGUCUUCUUCCACGACCCCGUCCACGAUGGCGCCAAUUGCCUGCACGUGCACUGCCCGGGCCUGGAGAGCUGCGUGCUGGCGCCCGGCAGCGGGGCCGUGCUCUACAACGUUACGGACGGUGUGGACCCCGACCUGCUGGUGUUCCAACAGCCCCCGGCCGCCCACCUGCGCACGCGCUCCUCCUCCAGCCCUGGGGAGCGCCCACGGGACGCAGCUGUGCGGGGAGACCUGGGGGUGAGCCCCGUGCCCCCGACCUGGGGGGCCCCGACCGUCUCCGGGGGGAGCCUCCAUCUCCCAGACGCCCCAACCUCCUCAGAGGCACAGGAGGGGGCGCCCAGCCCUGCAGCCCCCAGCAGCCCGGCCCCCGGGACGGCAGACGCGCGGCCCUCACACGAGCCCCGGCCCGCCCGGCUGGAGGGCGGCAAGCAGGCCCCGGACAAGACCAAAGGGGGCGGCCCCGGGGCCCCAGGCAGGGCCUCUGGGGCUCGCCCGGUGUGGCUGGUCCCCGUGGCCCUGUGCUCCGUGGCCGCCUUCCUCGGCGGCUGUGUCGUGGCCACGACCCUGGUGUGCCGUGGAAGGCAGCGGGCCAGUACAGGCCGGGACAGAGGACCCCAGGGAAGAUGCCGCCGGGCGCGGGGGGAGAGAGGCGCCGCUGCCCGCGGUGAAGAGGCAAUGUCCACUCGGCCACGCCGGCCAGCGCCGCUCCAUUAAAGGUCACUCGCUGAACAGCGUCCCCGUGGCGGGGGGAGGGAGGCAGCAGGGGCGUGAGCGGCCCCGGAGUGCGUCAGGUGCCACGGAGCCUUCACCCAGGGGCCGUCCGAAAGCCACAAGCAGGCGGCAGCGCUGGCCGGGUGAAGGCCACGAGGGGCAGGCGGGCCAGGACACCUGCAGGCACAACUGUCUCCGGUCAAGGUCAGACCUCAGCCACCAACGAGCCCCUUUCAGGAGCCCGCGGGCAAACGCUGCCCCGCCUGCGCCUUCUCUGUGCCGUGGUCAGUCCUCGAGCGCUGAGAGCUGACCGUCUCUGAGAGCUGACCGUCUCUGAGCGCUGACCGUCUCUGAGCGCUGACCGUCUGAGCUGUCUCUGAGCUGACCGUC